AUGGUGCAAACUCGUUCUGGAGCAUUCAAGGCCACCGCCUUUCGAAUACCACCCCUCCAGCCAAGUAAAGCCUCACCUAGAGAGCCGCAGAAUGCGAAGGCAAGCAAUGGGCCAACCGAUGUCAACACUAAUAUUCAAGGCACGACGGAAGUUCGCGACUUGAAGCAAAUCACUGAAGCGCACGAGAAGACCAUCAGUGACCAGCAAGAUUUACUCCGACGCCAAGAGCAGACCAUCGAUAUUCAAGCACAGACCAUCACCGAGCUUCAACGACGACUUGCAUCCUUUGGACUGACUCUCGAGGUCUACGUCUACAACAAUCGUUGGCGCCUAGCCAAGAAUCUCCCACCAGGGUUCCAGCACUUCAACGACGUGGUUGUGACCAUUGACCAGCCCGAGGCUAUCACUAUGGACCGACUGUCUGACCUUGCUCUCGAACAUGUCUACGUCGGUCUGACGUCCGACCAGGAGGUCGAGAGCAAGAUUCUGAUCUGGCAGGAGAAAGACGGAUACCACUUAUGGCGCGAAGCCAAUGCCUCGACCCUGACGACUUACCUCCUGGCUCAGCAGGAGCGAGUCCUUGCGGGUGGCACGGCAGGGAUCGGGGACGACGGCGAGAUUGGCAUCAAGGUUCUGUUCUGGCGCGAUGACCAGCGUGACUUGGCCCGUCAGAACUUGCAAAACAACCUGCCUGUCAAGCCUCCACCGCCCAAUCCCCUGUACAGCUUUGAAGAAAUGCGGCAACUUGAGGCUGUGAAGAGGGAAUCGGCGAAGCGGAAAUGGGUUCACGAACAGGCUAAGCAAACCCCCUUGAAAGACCUGGACUCCUGA